GGCGAAACCGGAGUGAUCGGCAUGCCGGGCAUCAUGGGCCAGCCUGGCUACAAGGGGCCCCUUGGUCCCUCGGGCGGUCAAGGCGCUAUGGGGCCCCGUGGGCACCAGGGCCGAGAUGGUGAGCCAGGCCCUGUGGGACCUAGAGGCCCGCCUGGGACCGCAGGAUCUGAUGGGAUGCCUGGACCGACGGGCAUGAAGGGGGACCCCGGGAUGACUGGGCCUACAGGACCGGCAGGCGAUGACGGCUACUCCGGGCUGGACGGCAAGCCUGGCGCUCCCGGCGAGUCCGGACCACCGGGUCGAAAUGGCAAAAAUGGACUAAUUGGAAUCAAAGGCGAGAUCGGCACUCAAGGCCAAAUGGGUCCUCGUGGCUCCGUUGGAUCCCCCGGACGAGUCGGGGAGCCCGGCCUGCCCGGCGAGAAAGGUAUCAAAGGCGCUGAAGGUCUGACGGGCCAGCUUGGUUUCACAGGCCCCACGGGAGACGUCGGCUUCACGGGUGAAAUCGGCGAUGUUGGCGAACCGGGCCCGAAGGGUGGACCCGGAAAGCCGGGCCCCAGAGGUCCCCCUGGGCCCCAGGGCAACAAAGGAGAGAUGGGCAGAGGCGGGCUGAUUGGUCUGCCCGGCAAUAAUGGCAUAGACGGAUUGCCCGGUACCCACGGAGAGCCCGGAAAGCAGGGCAGUGAAGGUGUUCGUGGACCAAGAGGCUCCGUUGGAAAUGCCGGUCUACCAGGCAUCGAUGGCGAAAUUGGACCCAGGGGCUAUAAAGGAGCCCCCGGUCAGGAUGGAGCGCCGGGAGAGGCUGGAGUCCCCGGACAAAGGGGCCCAGUAGGCAAACCUGGCAGCGAUGGCGAAGAUGGCGGCAUCGGACUUCAGGGACCCCAAGGAUCUCCAGGUCCUUCUGGAAUUCCAAAAAAAAAAGAAAUAAUUUUGACAGACAACAUCUACACCUGCAGUCCCGUGAAGGCAGAACUUGGUCACGAAAAUUCUUUCAAAUAUCAAUUUUAG